UCCCCUUUUUCUCUCUCAUCUCAACCCUCUCAUCCAAUCCCCUCCCCCUCCCUUCCCCUCUCUCCGUAUUAUCUAUCCCAGAGUGCUCUGAAGCUCCUCUGUUUCUGCGGAUACUUGGACCAGCUCUGGAUUGCGAGCGACAGAGCAAAACAACGCAUUGGCAAUUCCCCUCGAUUCCCAACUCUGCCUCUACCAUGUUAACUCCCGAGGAGAUUCAAGUUCUUGAAAUCCUUGCUCGCCUGCCGCAACUAGUCUUUGAAUCUGAGGUCCCUUCUUUGUUACCAUCCGCCUGGGGCUGUAGGAGGAGGAGAUCUGCAAUUGACCUUCCCUCUUAUCAGUCCCAUUCUCUCCGUCUCCGUCUUCGAGUGUCUAAAACGCCGUCGCCGUCGCAUCCCGCUACUAAAGAUGGUGUUGCUCAGACAUCCGACACCGAUAGUUUACCGGUGGUCAAGGCUAAUGCUCCUAGUCCUGCUACCCCUCUUUCGUUUUCUCCCAGCGAAUCUGACGAGAAGCCCGUCGUCUUGAAAAAGAAACAAUCCCGGAAAAGGAAGAGAGACGACCUUUUGAGGACGAUAGAAGAAUUGACGAAAAGCAAACAAUUACUUCUAGGGGAGAUAGAUAAUGUGAAACGUUAUCACGACGAUCUGAAAGCCCACAAUUUGAAGCUGAAAGCACGGCAAGAAGAGUUGAGUGUUGGUCGUCAAAAGGAGAAUUCCUCUAUGAACAUGGGCUUGCAAGGAGCCAAUGCCUCGGGGAACUCGCCUUCCAUGGCUGAAAAUAGAGAUCCUGAUCAGCGUCAUCACGAUGGGCAGCGAAUCGCCUGCCAAGCGGGCGAGUCUUGUCAACCAACGACGUCGUUGCCGUCAACUAGUGGAUCAGGCAUCGUUCCGUUUGGAAUUCCUGAUCUGAACGUCUACCCCGACGACACAAUCCCAGUUGAUUCUUCUCAACCCUUUGAGCUAAGUUUGGCUAACAAGCAACUCUCUAGGUUCAUGGCAGCUCAGGCGAGGCAGAAGAGGAUCAUGAUUAAAAGGGUUAAGAAUUUCAUGGGAACCAGUAAACCACGUUCCUCUAGUAGAUGAGUAGAUGAGUUUUCCCUUUCUAUUAUUAAAAUUAUUAUUAUUUCCUUAUCCCAUUUGUGGGUUUUACAGUUUUGCCCUUAAGUGGUAUAUGGCUUGAUGCGGAAGAAAUUGUUCUCAUUCUCGUGAUACUGAUAUAUUUGAUAGGAUCGCGACUCGCAAAAAUUGUAGAAUAGAGUUAUCUGCGGAAUAUUUUGUUGGAUACGUGAUGUGCUGGUGAUAAAUGAUCUAUUUAAAAAUAGUAUGUUAAUAUUUUAAAUC